AUGACUGAAAAAGCCAGCGAGAGAAAAAGCGAGCGAACGAGACAAACAGCGAGACAAAAAGAAAAGAAACAGCGAGAGAGAAAAAGCGAGAGCGAGAGAAAACGAACGAGAAAAAGCGAGCGAGAGGGAGAAAAAGCGAGCAAGAGUAAAAGCGAGCGAGCGAGUGAAAAAGAGAAAAAAAACAAAAAAGAGCGAGAGAAAGAAAAAUCGACAGAGAAAGCGAGAGCCCGACAGAGAAAGCGAGAGCCCGACAGAGAAAGCGAGGGCCCGACAGAGAAAGCGAGGGCCCGACAGAGAAAGCGAGAGCCCGACAGAGAAAGCGAGAGCCCGACAGAGAAAGCGAGAGCCCGACAGAUAUAG